AUGGAUAUGGACGACAAUUUAACACCGCUUCAGAGAAGUGUAUUAGAGAAAUAUAACCAAUUAUCGCAAUCGCUGCAUUCAUUGGAUAAAUCUUUAAGACUACUAAAUAAAAGUAAUGAUGAAUCAAAAUCUACUAAAAGAGUGUCGCCGGAGGAGAUUUUGCAGGAGAUGAGAGAAGUAGAGGUUAAAAUUGCGCUAAUUGGGACCCUUUUGAAAGGUAGUGUCUAUUCAUUAAUUUUACAGAAGAAAAACGAAUUGAAUUUGCUGAGCGCUGAUAGUAAUAUGUCUUCAACAUCUCAAUAA